AUGUCUUCUAAUGAUGUGCGCGACAUGCUAGAUCUGCCAGACUCUGGAUCCACGCGCCCAGCUAAGAAACAGAAAUUAACAGCACCGCGCCCAGUUCUCAAAGGUCUCGCGCGCGAAAUACAAAACCUGAGUGGAGACAACCCGAUCGCGAUUGUGCCCGAGGUAUCAGCGUUUAAAAAAAAACGAUAUGGCAGUAGGAAACCGGUCGCGAAGUGGGAACAGAAACCCUUCAAGAACUCGGCGAGAGAUGGGGAUCCGCUGGUGCUGAGACAUUGGAGGAGGAAGGAGGAAAAGCCGCCUGCGCCGCCUGUGGGGGAGGAUGGGAAUGUGGAGAUGGAGGAAGCAGUGGCCCCGAUAGCUGAGGAGAUGGUUGAGGAUUCAACGUUUGCUAAGUACAAUGUACGGGUCAACGUUCCGGAAUACACAGAGGAAGAAUACAAUGCGAAGUUACAGAAUCAGGAUUGGACGAAGCUGGAAACAGAUCAUUUGGUGGGCCUAGCAUAUGAGUAUGAUCUUAGAUGGCCGGUUAUAUGGGAUCGAUAUGAACCUCCGUUACCAGCUCCAGAUUCUGCAGAUUCACUUCUUGGUCUUGUGCUUCCGCCGAAAAUUAGGACCGUGGAGGAUUUAAAAGCACGAUAUUACUCGGUUGCGGCAACGAUGAUGGCGGAGAGGAAACCACCGAUCAAGAUGAACAGCGCGGAAUUCAACCUGCAUGAAGUUAUGUCGAACUUCAACCCAGCAAUCGAGACAGCUCGCAAGAAGUUCGCCGAAGCUGCUUUCCAGCGGACAAAGGAAGAGGCACGAGAAGAAGAAAGUCUACUGCUAGAAUUGAAGCGUAUCUUGGCGAGAUCAGACAAGCUGAACGAAGAAAGACGAGAACUAUAUGCACGUCUAGAGGCCCCUCCAAGUACAGGCAACAUCGGCAUCUACAGCUCAAGCCAAGGCCUGCAACAACUCCUCCAACAACUCAUGCAAGCUUCCAAAAAGCGCAAAUCCCUCAUGGGCAGCGAAGGCAUAAGCCCCGCCGCCGGCCCAAGCCAACAAGCCAGUUUCGAACGCCGCGACAGCAGCGUCCGCGAAUCCAUCUCUGGGCCCAGCGGCUCCAACAACAACAAAAAAGGCCCCCCCCCAGGUCCCAGCGAGCGACGCCAACUCACGGAAGAAGAAGAGAAGAUUUAUGGAGUAAGCCAUCAUGAGCGUAUUGGCGCCAGUGGCGCAGCCUUCCGCCACGAGAAGAUCAGCAAGCCGCUCAUCAGCAAAUCCUCAGUGCAGCAAACGAAAAUCGCCAACGUCCUCGUGGAACUCGAGAUCCCAAAUCGCCUCAUCAUGCCUACCGUCGAGGUAGGGGAAGCGUAUGAGAGUUUGCUGCAGAGCAUCAAUACCCUGCUCGAUGCGCGGAAACUCGCGGAUAAGCUGGAUGGCGAGAUCAAGCUUGCGAGGCAGCAGAAGGAGGAGAGGGAGAAGGCGGCGAGACUGGAGCGCGGGGAGGCUGUUGAGGGGGAUGAGGUGGAGGGUAAUAAUAAGACGGAGAAGGAGAAGAGUGUUGCGAGGAGUGUUAGGGGUGGCAGUGUAGCGCGGAGUGUGAGGGGUGGCAGUCAGGGGCACAAACGGAGUGCGUCUGUGCUUAGUGCGACGAGUGAACAGAAUUUCCAAAGGAGCAAGGAGUACCGGUUGAGGCAUUGA